GAGUGUCCUGGUGGUACCUGGAUGAAGGGCUUCACACAGGCAGUAACGCCCUCGCUCGGAGGUGGUGAUGACGAUGCUCUUGCCAACAUGAGACUUUACUGUUCCCAGGACUCUGCUGGAAGUGGAGUUGGGACUGAACUAACAGUGAACAGCGAUUCGCGGAACCCGUGGGGUACACCCUCACUCUGCCCCGAGGGAUUUGUUGGGUGCGGCCUACGGGCGAAGGUGGAACGAAAUAAUGCUGACAAUACCGGCAUCAACGACGUCCACUUCAAGUGCUGCCUCUUCACUUGAAUCUUUGUAUGCAGUAUUUUCCAUUAUUUUUAUUAGAAUGAUAUCAUAUAUGAACCUGUCCAACAUUGUGAAAUUUAUCCAUCUAUUCCUGAAUUGGUGUUUUUGGAAAUAUUUAUGAAUUCUGUCACCUUCUCCUAUAGUGUAACUAUUGUAGGUCAUACUCUCUGUAAGAUACAGCCACGAUAGUGUACUGGUUAGCGAGUCACUGUACUGGCCCGUGUUGGAUCACAGACCAAAUCGAAAGUCAUCUUGCCCACCAGGGUGUUCCCCUAACAGGAGCAGGUGUUGUUUUACAUUAUUUUUAUCACUUUGGGAACCAUAUUGUUUGUUAGUGACCAGGCUGGUGUCCAUCCUGUGACUCACAGUUUGGUUCCUUAUAAUGAAUUCAACAACUUAGGAAAUGAUUCAUGAAAGAUUGUCAAGUCCCUCUUAGUUCGUUGUGUGUGUGUGUCACCUUUCUCUAAAACCACUGUGCUUACUUCCACAGUAUGUCCUCAACACUGCAGUUGUCUCAUUUUGUGGUAUUUCUCUGUACUUACCCAGUGAAUUAUAGAUUAAUAUUCUCGUAUCAAUUACUCUAAUUGAUAUGAGAAUGUUUAUCUAAUUGGUUCAUUUCCUCUAAUUAUUAGAGGACAUUAACCAAACUUAGUCCACCUCACCUACCUACCUUUUCCAAAAAUGUUAUAAAACUGUUAGGUUAGAUUUAAUAAGAUUUGGACAAUAGUUAUGUUAUGUUAUAUGGGUUUGUGUCUCAGUCUGGUGGACACCAUAUCUAUACGAGCAACUCUCUUUGUCUAUUUGAAAACUUAUAAGAUACUUCUGGGUUUUUUUCUCUGAGUAAAACUGUGAAUAAAAAUAGAAAUGAAACAAAUGUUUAAAAUGGAAAUAUAUUCGUAUUUAAGUAAAAUAUUUACUAUUGAGAAAGAUAAGAGGUUACUGCUAACUUUAUUAACUACCAGGUAUUCUUGGUUGAAUUUCCUUAUUGCUCACCAUUGUGUAGUUACCAGCACUA